ACACGGAUUCCUCAAAUUUGAGGAUGCGAAGCACUUGCCUCCGCACUGCGUGGCACGCGUCCUGAAAUUCCUACGCAACGUCAAGAGGCCUCAUAGCCCAAGGGUCCAAAACAUAGGGAGGCAAAGCUUAAGCAUUAAGCGAAAUUGCAGCCGCAAGUAACACCGUGGUUACCGGGUGGCUAGUUACUACGUCGCGACAACACCGUGAGCGAAUUUACCGGCUGUUAGCAUAGAAACUUGGGGCACAUUUGGAAGUUUCUAAGCGGAAAUGGCAGACGCGAACUUGCAAGAGUUCACGAAACAGCAGUUCGAUGAGGCGUAUCGACGGGCUCUGGAGCGGAAACGGCUUUUCAAAGAAUAUCUAGCGCGCCACCAGGUAAUGGAGAGGCUAAACAGCGCUAUUGAAAAGCUGUAUGAAUGCGAGCGUCUCCCUGAGGACCCCCUCGAGUUCAUAGCGGUAGAGGUUACGUCCAGAGGCAGCCAGGGGGCCACAUCAGCGCCCUUCCAUUCGCAAACCAGCCUCAAGGCCAAAUUGUCAGGGAACUCUCGGAGCCUAAAUGGCCAACAGUAGCGGCCAUUGGCAACCUCUUGCGUUGUCGUGUUGGCCAAGACUCCCCAGAUUGGCUGAAGUCGCUACCGUCGCAGACGUUCACAUGAUGCCGCUUAGGCUGCCCGACUCAGUUCCCGUUGCCGUCGAUACGUGGAUUGGGGCCGGUGCGCGGUGUGCCGACUAACUCAAUCCGACAAAGGCACCGGGACGAUGUUGUCCGAGAACAGCGGCGCGCUUUAGUCGUGGCAUCACGGUGCGCUCACAACAGUGCGGCUGUGUCGGUCCACGCAGCAGCAGUAUCAUCAUCAGCAGCAGCGGUAGUAGGUGUAGCAGCUGGCUUCGACUCACAGACAUAGCAACCCACCAUAGCAUCCGCAAUCCCCACAGCUACGAUUGGCAUCUAGCGCAUUGCCAUUCAUUAUUACCACCGAUAGGGGCGCCAGUAACGUUUACAAAUCGCCACAUACGCGGAGCAGCAGCUAUUAAAUGGACGAACGGUGCAACCUCGUCGUCUAGCAAUCCAGUUCCU